AGGACCCAGGACCUUCUGCUUUCCAGAUUUUCUCGCGCCUGCUGGAUUCCAGCGGUUCUACAGCCUCUGAGAUGCACUGCCCUUAAAGCGGGGACCAGCCUUUGGAGGAAUAUCCCGGAGGACCCAGCCACCCCUCGCAGCCGGCUUGGAGACUUGGCGUCUCUCCCGGAGAACCCGCGCAGCCCGACAACCCCAAAAUGCAGUCUUAUUAGCCUUCGCCCUUUCGUUCCUCCGCUCCCUGGAACCGGGCUGUCGGACAAGCGGUCCGACUGCAGCUGGCAAAUUCCCUCUCUCGACCCCAGCAGGAAUGUGAGGACAGAAAAACCCGCACACAUGGAAGACCGGUCCGGAAGUCAGAAAUGGCACCGUCUGAUGACUCACCAGGAAGGAAAAGGCCCUCCCCACUCUGCCCCCACUUUCAUUCAAAAGAGACAUCCUACCAUGGUGCUCAGAUUACAGUGACUGAGUUUCCCACCUGAACCUUGGAUACCACAAUGAAAAAUCACAAGAGCCCACACGCCGUGGUCCUGGUGGUCCUCUUUGCCGUGGUCACGGUGCUCAUCAUCUACAGCUCCAACAGCCGGUACGAAGCCUUCCACUACGCCGCGUCCCACACCAAGCCUCAACUGCCAUCCAACCUCAGGAAGUGGGGAGUGAAGAACGAAUACCUCCCCGUCUCCGGAAGGAAGACACUGGAUCAUCACUGCAACCAGUGCGUGCUUAUCAGCAGCUCAAGCCACCUUCUCGGGAGCAAACUGGGCCAAACCAUUGACCAGUCAGAAUGCACCAUUCGCAUGAACGACGCUCCCACCACGGGGUACUCUGAGGAUGUGGGGAACAAGACCACCUUCCGCGUCGUGGCUCAUUCCAGCGCCUUUCGAGUCCUGAGGAGGCCUCAGGAAUACGUCAACAAGACCCCGGAGACCAUCCUCAUUUUCUGGGGUCCACCCGCCAAGAUGCAGAAGAGUGUGAUCAAAAUCAUAGAGCGGGUCAGCAUGGGCUUCCCCAGCAUGACAGCCUUCGUGGCUUCUCCUAAGCGCAUGAAACAGUUUGACGACCUGUUCCGAAAAGAGACGGGGAUGGACAGGCUGACCUCCCGGUCGUGGCUGAGCACCGGAUGGUUUACCAUGGUCAUCGCCGUUGAGCUGUGCGACAGGCUUCACGUUUAUGGGAUGGUGCCUCCCAGCUACUGCACGAAGCCUCCCCCCCGAAGGCUGCCCUAUCACUACUACGAGCCGAAGGGGCCGGACGAGUGCACCACCUACGUACACAACGAGCGCAGCCACAAAGGGAACCACCACCGCUUCAUCACUGAGAAACGGGUCUUUGCCCGGUGGGCCAACCUCUACAACAUCACUUUCUCCCACCCGGAGUGGGAUUAAUGGGGGGGGCUGAGAGCCCGUAGAAGUGCCAAACUGGGAGGGAGCCUGCUGCCACCCAGCCCUGAUCAGAUCCAGAGCCCGUCUCCAGCAAGACUUCACACGCCGCCGUGUGAAAUUUCCCAUAAUGCUCCGGGGCGGCGCCUUGGGGCAUUGUGGGGAAUCCAAAGCCCGAUAAAGCUGCCGCUGAUGGGUCUGAAGCGCCUCUUGAGCCCCCGCAAGGUUGCUUCUACUUGGAUGCGCCAAGGGUUGGGUCAGCCCACCGGUAAGUUCUUUAAGAUAGAUUUUCCCUUCCCUCUGGUUCUUCUUCACUGCCUUGUUCCACUUUUGAAGCAGCCUGAGACUCUAUCCUGGAAGGGUGGCCCUCCCGAGAGCUACGAACUACAACUCCCAUUUGCCCUAGCCAGCUCGCUUAUGACCAGGGAAGUUGGGAGCUGUGGUCCCUCAUUGCCUGGUUCGCCACUCCUGUUCAACCUCCUUGUUAAGCGUUGAGCCCUUCCAAAGGCGUUUAUUUUAUCUUUCGUGGGGGGCGGCUGGGCAAAACCUGCCUCAGGGCUUGCCCCAUGGCUGGGGAUGAUGGGAGCUGUAAUCCGGGGGCAUCAGGGAGAGGAAGGCUGGCAUUGGGGGGGUGGGGGUGCUAUCUUUCCUUCCUCCACAAAAGACUCAGGGAAGAAAGGAGACAGCUCUCUUGAGUUCAUCCAGUCUAUCUGUGCUCAGGAAUUGAACUUCACGGAGUUUCUGAAGAAUUUUGUAGCCGCUGAAAAUCGUGCAGCUGAAUUAGCCUGGUAGCCCAGUCCUGGUCUCAGAGUUGCCAGCUCCCCAAAUUUCACCAUGGUUCCCACCAUCGGCAUUUGCAAAAUUCAACAAAAAAAACCAUUCCUUCCACAUCAAGCCCUGUCUGCUUCUCCUGUGCAAAACCUGGCCCUUGGUUCAUCUUUCCCCACCCUGUGCCUUCCGCUUACCAGUUGGAUUACAAUGCCUACCAUCCCCAGCCACACGGCCGGGUUAAAAGAACCCCCUCCUCCCUUUCUUGAGCCCCUUCCUCAAAAUUUGGUACCAAAGCGAUGGCGAUGAGGAUGUCUUCGUUCAAUUCUGCACUGUUGCCUUUUCUUUCAUUCCGAAACGGUUGAUCCAACCCGUUUACCGGCCUGUGAUGUUAUUACUGUUAAGGUUGCAUUUAUUGUGUCUGAUGAAUCAACUUUAAAAACAAAAACAAAACUUUUAAUAAACAUUGACUUGACUAAGAA